UUAUUAACUUGUGUCUCGCUAAUACUAGAACUUAAGAAAAAAAGAAAGGCAGAGGAAGAACUUGUGAUUACUAAGCCGAAGAAAAGGAGAUGGGAAGUAAAUGGUGCCAUUCAACCAAAUAUAGUUCACGCAGUAUAUUUCGUGGAUCCGACAGAGGAAAGUCGUCCACUUCUUGAGAAGAUCCAAGAAGGUCAAUUUGUCGCUCUGCAUGGAGCUAGAGCAUCUGGCAAGUCUACGCGGGUACACCAAAUUCAGAAGCAGUUGAAUGACGAAGGCUACGUUUGCAUUUAUGUAUCUCUUGAACAAAUUAACAUUAAAAGCGUUGACAAUUUCUGGCAUACACUCGGCUCUCAUCUCUAUCUUGAUGUUCCCAAAUACAUUAGACCCGAUAGCAUAAAUUCUUCUAAUGAUUUCGAUCUAGUGUUCCAGAAAAGCAAGUGGGAAAAUCGUGUUGUUCUAUUCAUUGACGAGUUUGAUAUGCUAUACCAUGCAACAGAAGAUGUUCUCUCUUCGUGUCUAAAUACCCUCCGUGGCAUUAAAGGAACAAAAGAAAAUUAUGCUAUCUGGUCUGUUGUUGCCAUCGGUCCCUUCAGUAUCCUAUAUUUAAAUUCGAAUAAUUUUACCACAUCGCCCUUUAACGUUAAUGAGCCAUUUAAAAAUCCAAAUUUCACUCUGGAACAAGUGCAGUUUCUCUACAAGGAAUUCGAGGACGAAUAUAAUUUAACUAUUGAUCAGGAAGUAAUUGAGGACAUAUAUACGCAGACAAACGGACAUGCUGGUCUCGUCUGCCUUUGCGGACGUGCGAUCUAUAGAAAAUUACUUUCAGAGUUAGGAGUGGAAAUGCGCUUGAACUAUGACAUAUGGCAACAUUUUACUGCCUUCUUGCUAGGAAAUGAGAUUUUAGAGUACCCAACGUUUAUAAGGAUGAAGGACGUUCUCCUGAAAGAUGAUACCGAUACUAGGCGUGCUAUAAAUUUCAUCCGAUCUGAUUUCUUGGUAAAUAACGACCCUAUAUAUGUUGCUGAGAAUAAAAAGGAUCUAGCUUUGUUUCUCACAGCCGAAGGAGUUUUGGUUCCUGGAGGAGAUGCUGGGACAUUUAAAAUUUCUUCACCUUUGGUGCACUGGCUGGUCCUUCAGCGAAUAAUUCCCUACAUGUUUCCGACUUCACCUAAAGUAGAGGUACCCUAUCAUCCAUCCACGGGUAACUUAGACAUUCUUGAGGCCUUGAAACAAAUUGUCAGUAUAUUUGAUCAAGAAACAAUAAAGUCCUGCAAUUCUUUUAAGUUAGCACGUGUAUUGGUUAAUAAUGCAAAUAAUCGAGAAGUUCCUAGAGAAUCGAUGUAUGAUGCAGAGCUUUAUCGGAUCAUGUCGAAUUGGCUUGGUAGAUUUACAGUGACGGGACAGUGGCAUCUAAAAUAUCGUGCUAGUGGACAUAUUAAUAAUAAAUACGUAGACAUAGUCAUCUCACGACCUGAUCAUCCGACCAUUGCAUUAGAACUCUUAGCUACAGCAACAAAAAAAGAGCUUAAAGAACACUAUGAACGGGCACUCUUAUACGAUAAGAAACUACCUGCAGAUGAUACAUGGAUUGUCCAUUUCACCUGUGAAGAAAACGCCAUUUCGGAACCAUGCUGGCCAACCAAGUCUCAACUGCAAAAGGGCCUUCGAGCUGUAUAUUUCUGGCACAAUCUUGAUUUUACAAAGAUUAAAAUGAUCGCAUGUUGGUGGGAUACAAAUAAUAAUACGAAGCAUGUUACUGAUGUUGAGGAAAUAAUGACGGCCCGUCCCGGAAAAUUUUUUGGUAUUUUUAAAAAUAUUGAACAAUUUCUUCCAUAUAUAAAAUUAUUAUUGAUCAUGUCAGAAGAAGCUAAUCCAUCCGAGCUUGAAGUAUUGAGACAGCGUAUCAUUGAUCUAGAGGCUGAGAAUGCUAAGAUUAUGCGCGAGAAAGCUGAACUUGAAGCUAGAGAUGCUGAGCUUAAGGCCAGAAUCGAGGAGUUAGAAAAAAAUAAAGGAGUUACUACUAAACUUGAAUUUGAGAACGCUGAGCUCAAAGCUAGAGUUGCGAAAUUGGAGGAGGAUUACAUGCAAAUGCAAAAUGGUAAUGUUACCGAGGUAACUAAUUCUCCUAACAAUAGUUCAUCUAACUUAUAUUCUGUUACAGAGCAAAUAUUAGAGAGCAAACAGGGUGAGGAAAUGGGAAUAGAUGCUUUCUUGGACGAAGUACAUAAGAAAAAGGUUAGUGAUGAUAUUAGGCAGAGAAAUCGGGAAAAGAAACAUCAAGCCCAAGAGUCUCUUCUAAUACAACCUGAAGAGAAAACGUCUCAUGAUCUCAACUCGGCUAUUUAG